AUGGCAGUCCGAGCACAGUUUGAAAACAACAACGAAAUAGGAGUAUUCAGCAAGCUGACAAAUUCCUAUUGUUUGGUUGGAAUUGGUGCUUCGGAAACAUUUUACAGUGUAUUUGAAUCAGAAUUAUCUGAUAUCAUACCUGUUAUCCAUGCAUCUGUUGCUGGAUGCCGCAUUGUUGGCCGUAUGACCGUUGGCAACAAAAAUGGGUUACUAUUACCUAAUUCUACUACAGACACUGAAUUACAACACAUACGCAAUUCAUUGCCUGACAAUGUCAAGGUACAGCGUGUCGAAGAACGUCUAUCCGCUCUUGGAAAUGUAAUGGUGUGCAAUGAUUACGUAGCACUAGUUCAUCCUGAUUUGGACAAGGAUACAGAAGAGAUACUUUCAGAUACUUUAAAUGUUGAAGUGUACUGA